UGGCAAUUCCUUUGGUUGAGCUUCAUGAGAUUCAUGCUGGCUCAUUUCUCCAGCCUACUCAUGUUGCACUGAAUGGCAACACAAUGAUCAACCAUUCCUCUCCAUGCCAUUCAAUGCCUGCAGUGUGAGCACUGAAGAGAUCUGAGGUCUCCACCUGUGUUCUGAAGGAAAUCAUCGUGGCCUUCAGGUUCAAGUGAGUAAGCUGCAUGAUAAUUAUGAAACUUCACAAUCAAGAAGAGCCACAACAGAGUUGUUGUAGGAGCUGUACAGGCACGCUAUGUGUAAAAGGUGAUAAAGCUAUUGUAGCAGAGGUGCCAAAUGAGUUCCAACGCUUGGAAACCUAAGGAGAUAUUUAUGCCAGAACAGGUCUUUGUGGGGGACUUAUCACAUGUUGUUCUGUUUUGUGCAAACAGCCAUCACUGCCAAAAAGAGAAAGAGCUGACCUGAGAAAGUGUUUCAGAGAAAGAAAAACAAAUGAGUUAAGACUAUUUCUAAAUGACCGUAGAUGGUCCUGCAAGGACUUGCUCCCUGGUCACAUGCUGUUUCACAGACUUGAAAAUGAUUGUGACAGGGACUGGAGAGUGAAAUAGUAACAACAACCACAACUAACAAUUAACUUUUCCAGGCCUGCAAAAAAGUUGAUGAUAAAAUACUACUGAAGACCUUCACAAAACUUGCUGAGUGCACUUUGCAACUGAAAUGUAAUAAUUGAAUAGAUAAAUGGAUAGGAAUAAGAAAAGCAAUUUGAUAGGCUCUGCACCUAGUGAUCAUUGCUAAUCAGACAUCAAAACCCGUCUUUGAUAGCCAGGCCCAUGAAAACACCAGCUUUCUGCUGUACAAAAACUAAGUGCUGGAAAUUGGUAGAGGAUAACAAGGGAAAGCUUGACAAAUUAUUCUGUCAUAGACAUCUGUGGUGUCGCCAUGUGUGUUCUGUUGAAUGACUGCUUACAUAAAAAAGAUGCAGUAGAACUGGAAAAGUCAGUUCAAUGGUGAGGAAUCCUCAACACUCACCUUUGGACUGCUUGGGUGUUUCAGGAAGUCUUACAGUGACUGCACAGUUCUUAAUACCCUUCUCCUGCAUGUUCUGGCUUUUGGCCAUUGUUGGAGGUCUGAAGAGUCAAGCUAUAACACAGUGCUGUUCUUGUGUUGAUCUAAAACGAUGCUUCUGAGUGCUGGCAAAAGAGGGAAUAGAGAUUAGAAAGAGAGAGACAUUAGAGAAAGAGAGCACAUAGCACAGAGGGCUCUCAAGAUAGGACCUGCUCUGAAAGGAGGAGGGUUACAGCAAGCCAACAGAUCUUCUCAGCAGUGGGCUUGGAGCAGGUGACCUCCAGAGGUUUCUUCCAAGCUCAACCCUUCAUUGUUUCUACAUCAAAGUUUUGCGAAGAGUUCAAAACCAGCACUUGAACUGGCAGAUAUUGUUAGCCACCAAAAACCAAAGUUAACGUGCAGAUCCUCUUCUCAAAGUCUUUGCUUGCUCAAGGUGAGCCGUGGGGCAUUAUGCGUAGGCUGAGCCUGACAAGAGCCUACAGAGGAAGGACUUUGCAAUACGCAUUCCCAUAUCUAUCCCACAGAACUCGUCACAAGCUGUAGCCUUAUAUGGAUACGUUUUCAACAUGCCACCUCUGCUUAUCUCAGCAUGGGAGUGUUCAAGUCACAGCUGAGAUAUGCAGACUUCACAGGUAGGCACAAAGCAGUUGCUUUUGGUUUUGUUUUGGCCAACUCUAUCUGCAGGAUCUACUCCCAUUUCCUCCACAGUCUGUGGUUGGUUUCUUAUAGGGAAGGACAGGCUCUGUCCGGCCAACACCCAGUGCUUGCUGCACAGCCCGUACUACCGCCCCUUCCUUGGUUAUAAGCAAGAGAUCAACACAGGUGGGAAAUUGCAGGAGAGAAGAACCCAGCACCAACAAUGGGCAGUGGGAAUGAAAGGUUUGAGUCAAAGAGAUGCAACAGGACAGAACAAAUCACCCACAAACGAAGGAAUGAAGACCUCCUGACAUUCUACCUGCGUCAUCAGGAUGCACUAAGAAGUCCUUGUGCAUGCCACCAAAGCAACAUUUUUACUCUGCCGUGUUCUGACGCUAUAAGGAGAGACAUCCAGGUGCUUCAGAAGUUCAUCAGGAAGUACGAGCCCCAUGGAGCUGUUGUUACCAAAGAAGAAGUUGUUAUUGUGAGUGAAGACACUGAUGUUUGCAAACAAACAUCACCAAAGAACCUCAGCAAAGCUGCAACCGUAAUGGAAGAGCACAGGGUAGAAGCAGGAAGCAGAGACUGCCCAGGAUCCCAUAGCACAGACCUUGGGGAGCCUCCACAAGGCAGGCCAUGGUCACAGCCUCCAGCUCCGAGGGACCAAAGGGAACUGAAGGAUUUGGGUCUUCCCCCUGAUGAUUUCAGCAAGAAGGUCUAUGGGCUGGCAGCCACUUAUCUCACAGUAGCAGUGGGAUUUCUGGGCUGGUCCAGGCUACGGCUCCAGCUGGGGAACUAUUACUGGAUAUCCCUCACUUUUGUGAUGUGCAUUGCUCUUAUCCUCCUGAGCUCUGCAGCCAGCCAAAUGGGUUCCGUGAAUGCCUUUUACAGCUUGACAGUGACAGCAAUUGGAAGUGCAAUACUUGGAAUUAUUUCAGACUCCUAUGAGUCAGAGACAGUGAUGUUAGCUGGAGGAAUAACUGCAGCUGCAACCCUGUUAUUAUAUUUAUUUGCUCAGAAGACAAAUAAACCUCCAAUGAACUUCACCAUAACGAGCACUUUGAGCAUCCUGUGGGUUGCUGGGGCAAUUGCCUGUGUCAUUAUAAACUCAUACAAGUUCCAGGCAUUGUAUGCUCUGUUUGGAAUUCUGUUCUUUGCUACUGAUCUAACAAAGACAGUGACUGAGCUCCAAAGUCAGCCCAUGGAAGUGCAGCACUCUGCAGACCAUACCGAGGCAGCACAAGGACUUUUCAUACCCAUUGCUAUGAUCUUCUUCUUUACUUUGCUAUUAGUUGGUUGAACACACAGCAAAGCCAAAUAUUUUGACUGCCCUCAACUAUCAGCAAAGUGCCACUUUUACCUAGAGGAAAGUACAGGACUGCUCCUUGAGGCAUUCUGGCAAGGUGGCUGUGGAAUGUAUUUUCAUGUAAUAGUAUUUCUACGGAUGGAAAAAAUCUUAAGAUAUUGUAGAAGUGUAUUAAUGAGAGAGUGAACACAACAUACCGACUCAUCAGUGAAAUAUUUUCCUCACUGAUGGGAUGGCCCCUUGAUCAAUGAAUUAUGUUGCAUUUAUUGUCAGAAUUGAACCCCAGUGAAAAGUUACGGACUACAGAGAAGAUGGGAGAUGUUUGAGGGGAUGGUGAUGGUUACUGUGAAUAUCUUUUUUAAGGACUAUCAUUUGUACUUCUGGAUGCUUGGUAAUUUGAUAGAGCAGCAAACAGGAAGCUCAACAAAGUGAGAAGGAGAGCAAAACUCAGGAGUGACAUGAUCUUAGGAUUAACUGCUGCAACAUGCUGAACAUGGGCACACAUCUCAUGUGCACGUAGUGAGCUACUUAAAAACUUGAUAUUUAACCCUGUAUUGCACUACACUGCUGGUUUUGGAGCAUUACAGGCAUUUGAAAUUAUUGACAGUAUCUCUUAUUUUUGACAGCUACAAAAAUUUAGAACUUAAAUAUGACCUGAUUUAGUAUUUGCAGUCUUCUGAUUAAAAUAUGCAGCCCACUACAUAUAGCUAUCUGCAUACUUUUUACCAGUAUGUUCAAAAUUUUAUAAUCUGCCACCCAGGUACAUAUGUAAGACUUCUUGCUUUUCACUGAUGCUUAAUACACUUUAAAUUGAAUAAAGCUGGAGGCAGUGCUCAACAAGGGCAAAUUUCAGAAUAUCUAAAAGGUUCAAUUUCUUCAAAUUCCAUUCAACAGGCAUGACUAGAAAUGCCAAGUCACAGUGAAGUGAGACUGUUAUGCAAUGUUACAGCCAAAAAUACCUAAGUAAUGUAAUCCUUUAGUAAACAUAAGCAUGCUAAAUUUCAUCAGUAAUUAAACACACAGAUAAAU